AUGGCUUUUGCUUCUCCAUCCUACUCCGGCGGCAUGGCCAAACACUCCACCGUCAGCAACCUCUCUGCCGCAGUUGCCAAACACGGUAUCGGCAUGCCACUUACACCUCCUAACUCCGUAUCUCCGGGCUUGCCUGCCGCCGCUCAGGCAGGUCUACGCUCGCCGCCUCCGAUCCAUAUGGAUGGCGAGGACAACUCUCGUCAGCCUCUUCCUCUCAGCAAGGGUGCUCUAUCGGGACUAGAUGCCUCACAGUCCAUCACCGCAUCCAUGCUCGCCAAGCACCAUUUGCCAGGCAUCAUGCUCGGACACGGUCCUAUCGCGAUCAGACACGUCAUGGCUUGCUUGACUCAGUCGGUGCCUGGCUUCUCACGUAUACCGCCAGCCAAGGCCCGUAGGCUAGUUGUCGCCGGCCUAGAGAAUCGUGCAGGAGGUGGUGUCGACGGUAGUGUUGUGUUUGAAAAGGUGGGUUGGGGUCGAUGGGACGCACACACAAAGGGCGAGCGUCCUGACUUGGGCUCGAGCUUCAAGGACGGAAAGCUGUCUCCGCCACCGAGUGAGCCUGGAAGCUACGCGGCUUCUUACAGUGGGUCCGGCUUCCCUGGCUCGUUCAAACCUCGCGAGAAUCAGCAGCUCAACAGCUGGGCAGAGUCUUCGAUGGCAUCUCAUUACGAUGAGCACCUCGAGAACAUGAGUAUGGAGGAGAACGAGGCCGACAAGAUGUCUCUUGACGGCUCCUCUUCUGCCAUGUCCGAAGACGAAUCUGCAACUUCGGACAGUGAGGGUGACGAGACCGAAGAAGAGGACUGGGCUGCCAUGGGAGCGGAUGCUUUACGCAAGGCUUCUGUGUCGACUGCGGCUUCUCCUGGCGCCAGACGGAACUACAACCUCAUCAGUAUCCCAGGAUCCAUACAAGAAGCAAGAAGUCCGUCCGUGUACGGUAGUGCUGGCGGUGCUAGGUCGUCGUUCCUGGCGAGAUCCACACCACAGUUCGUCAGAAGGCCAUCUGCGAUGAGUUACACUCAGCAUAGAGGCAGCGUCAACCAGGUACCACCAAGCCACGGUACAACACCCAUGGAAAUUGACCGAACUACCCAAGAGCGUGAAGCCAUUGAGGCUCUUCUGCGUAUGGGCUCUGCAUAA